CAAAUUGGAAUCUCGGUUGCGUAACAUCUGCACCAAAUCUGCGCCACAAAAGCGGAUGGAGGAAGUGCACCCGAUCGACACGCACUUCUCCCAGCAGGUCUGUCCGAAAGUCGGUGACCAAAGUGAAGCCCAACAGGUUUCCCCGCCAGCCAUAUCCCAGUUUUUGUUUCAGUUUUCGGUUUUUAGUGUUAACUGCUGCUGCCCCGAAAAGGAAAAGCGGUUCGCCCGCAAAACCGGACCAUGUUUCGGGAAAUUAAAUGGCCCGGUCACUUGGCGGAGGUGCCUGGGCGCCCAGGUGCCGGUGUCCAUGCCGGUUCCGGUGCGUGUGUUGUGCGUUUCGACUGACCAUUGCCAUGGGCGACUCUCAAAGGGAAACUUGUUUUUACACUCAAAAAAAAACUCCAUUAUCUAGGAUUUCUGUAGAUCCUUUUAGAUCCUAAAAUCUUUUAGAAUAAAAACACAAGACACUGAUCUCCAGAACCCCAUAACUUCCAUUAAAAUAGCUAGAAAUUUUUCUCAGUGCCUUGGUUCACCCGCCUCUGCUGCUGAGCCGGCACUUCCGUUUUGAUGCUUUUCAAUUCCUCCUUCCGAUCCGAUUCCUAUUCGCCCCGAACCAAAAUCCAAUCUGGACCAAAAACCGGCCCAGUGGAGGAGUCUCAUAUAAAAGGCCACCGCUCCGCCCAGUGGCUGUACAAUUGGAAGCCAAGCAGAACCAUGAUCGGGUCAGUGCGCGCCACGUUGCUGGGCCUCGUGCUCCAGAUCCUCGUCGAUGGGCUGGCCGGCCAGCAGCCACAGCAGUUCGUCCUCGCGCGUCCCCAACGCUCCCUGUACGAGCCCCUGGAGCACCUGGGCCCGGUGGCGCCUCUCGGAUGGAAUACCAUCCCGAGCGGCGGUGGAUUGGGCCUGGAUUCGGGCCUAGGACUGGGAGAAUGGUCCUACAACCCUAUUGGCCUGGGGCAUAUGAGCAAGGACGAGCUGCUGACCCUGUUGGAGGCGUGGAAGGAAGUGGAACAGGAAUCGGCUACUACUACGGCUGCUCCUCCGCCACCGCCGACUACAACGCGACCACCAAUCCUCAUUCUUCCACCUCCGUCGCCCCCUCCACCCCGUCCUAUUAUUCCGGCCCCUGCUCCGGCUCCGGCUCCUGCUCCUCUUCCAGUUCCGCAGCUACCCGCCGGAACUCCCAUCACCGUUCGCCUGCCAGCUUUCGUGCCCAUUCGACUGGCGGCCAUGUUCACUCCCCCGGCAGGUGGGGCAGGCAUAGCAGGUGGACCUGAUGCUGCUCCAGCUCCUGCUCCCGACGCCGCCGCUGCUGAUGGGGAUGACCUGGUCACUGAUGACGUCGCCGACGAUGACACCGCCGCCGCUCCCCGACUCUUCCGCUUCAUGUCCAUGCCGCUCAACAGGAACAGGGCUCCGACCAGUCCCCAAUCCAGACAGCAGUUCGUGGUAAGGAACACACUGGACAGCGUGGAUGCGGGAACUGCUCCUCUGAAGCAGACUAUCAAGCCCAUUGUCAAAGCACCUGCUCCCAAGUCGCCAGUAGCUCCGCCAGCAGCGCCCUCCUUCCGCUCCAGAUACGGCAACUUGCCGCCUCACCUGGCCAAUGCCCGCUUCGAACUGGUGCCCUCCUCCCAAAUCAUCGGCGACUGGCGGGAGUAAUCCAAUCCUCUCCAGAAGGAGCAACAAAGCCUCCAAGCUUCCCUGUCCUUGUGUUAUUUUAUUUUAUUAUAUUUUUUUCUUCCCAAAAAUAAAAUAUAUGCACUUAGUCAUAGAUUUAAAAACAAAAAUGUUUAAAAUUAUGGCUUCUAUAGCUACAUGUUUCCUGGCCCGCCUCCGACUGUUGCUUCAUCAGUUAGUUCCGGAAUUCCUUUCAAAUCGGCACACAGAAGUUUACAAAAUCAAAAAAAAAAGUAUUU